AUGGCGGAGUUCCGUGCGCUCGGGCUGGCGCCGUGGCUGGCGGAGCAGGCCCGGCAGGUGGGGCUGCUGCGGCCCACGCCCGUGCAGGCCGCCUGCAUCCCGGCCGUGCUGCAGGGCCGGGACUGCCUGGGCUGUGCGCAGACGGGCAGCGGGAAGACGGCGGCGUUCGUGCUGCCGGUGCUGCACGUGCUGGCCCAGGACCCGUACGGCAUCUUCUGCCUCGUGCUCACCCCCACCCGGGAGCUGGCGUACCAGAUCGCAGAGCAGUUCCGCGUGCUGGGCAAACCCCUGGGGCUCAAGGACUGCGUGGUGGUGGGGGGGCUCGACAUGGUGUCGCAGGCCCUGGCCCUGUCCCGCAGGCCCCACGUGGUCGUGGCCACCCCCGGGCGCCUGGCCGACCACCUGCGCAGCUCCAGCACCUUCAGCCUCAGCAAGCUCCAGUUCCUGGUUCUGGACGAGGCUGACCGCCUGCUGGAGCAGGGCAGCGCCGAUUUCAGCGCGGACCUGGAGCUGAUCCUGGGCGCGGUGCCCGCGCGCCGCCAGACGCUGCUGUUCAGCGCCACCCUGACGGGCACCCUGUGCCAGCUGCGGGGCCUGGCUGCCAACAGCCCCUUCUUCUGGGAGGCCUCGGCCCCGGUGAGGACAGUGGAGGGGCUGGAGCAGAGGUACCUGCUGGUGCCCGAGGCGCUCAAGGACGCCUACCUGGUGCACCUGGUGCAGAGCUUCCAGGACCAGCACGAGGACUGGGCCAUCAUCAUCUUCACCAAGACCUGCAAGGACUGCCAGGUGCUGAACAUGAUGCUGAGGAAGUUCAGCUUCCCCUCCGUGGCCCUGCACUCCAUGAUGAAGCAGAAGCAGAGAUUUGCAGCUCUGGCCAAGUUCAAGUCCAGCAUCUUCAAGAUCCUCAUUGCCACAGACGUGGCUGCCAGAGGUUUGGACAUCCCAGCAGUGCAGGUUGUCAUCAACCACAACACGCCAGGGCUGCCCAAGAUCUACAUCCACCGCGUGGGACGCACGGCCCGGGCAGGGAGGAAGGGCAUGGCCAUCACCCUGGUGACACAGUACGACAUCCACCUGGUGCACGCCAUCGAGGAGGAGAUCAAGCUGCAGCUGCCCGAGUUCUCGGUGGAGGAGCAGCUGGUGCUGGACAUCCUGACCCAAGUGAACGUCACCAGGAGGGAGUGUGAGAUCGAGCUGGAGGGGAUGGAUUUUGAUGAGAAGAAGGAAAUCAAUAAGAGGAAACAGAUGAUCCUGGAGGGGAAGGACCCGGAGCAGGAGGCCCGCAGGAGGGCAGAGCUGUCCCGGAUCCGGAGCAGGAACAGGGAGUGCCGGCAGAAGCUGCAGCAGAGCCUGCACAGGAGGAGGCAGCUGCAGCUCCGCAGGAAACUGCACAAGAGCACGGAGAGGAGGAGGAGGAAGAUGGAGAAGGAGAAGGAGAAGGAGAAGGAGGAAAAGGAGGAGCAGUGAUGUGGCUGGGCCCGGCCCAGAGUGCCCUGGAAUUGCUGCAGCUUUGGGAAAACUGGGACUGAACUCUUGAAUGUGGGAAAAAAACAAUGCUGGGGAGGAGGGAAGGAUCCCAGAACCACUGGGAUUGGGAUUGGGAUUGGGUUGGGAGGAGCUCAGGGCUCAUCCAGUCCCAGCCUGGCCUUGGACAUCCCAGGGAUCCAGGGCAGCCUCAG